CCAUCUUGCUUGCGGCAUUGUUUACAUCUGUCAUGAAACAAACAACCAGCUCAGGUUGAUGUUUACCUGAGCAGGAGGUCGACCACCUGGGGGCGUGGCCUAACCAGAUCACCGCAGUCGCACCUGUCCGCCAUUUUCUAAUCUACCUCUGACUGUAGAUGGAGCUAAAACAUCCAACCAUGGAAACGUCCAUCUGUUAUGGAUAAACACACCUGUUGACCUCCAGGUGUGUCCCUGCCGGGGACAGAGCCACACAGGUUGACCUUCAUUUGACCUUCAUUUGACCCGGCUGAGCCCAAAGUUUCACGUUUUUUCGACCAAUAAGAGGGAAGAAAACUCUGUCACGAAUCAGAGACAUGUGAAAUCUGGGACAAUGUGUCCAGUGUUUGGAGGACAGGUUUCUGCAGACACCGUGUAAGCUGGAAGUGUCCCGUCAGAGGACAUCCGAGGACAUUUCCCCGCAGACACACCUUGCCUCGGGCUGCUAUAAUUAGCCGCCUCUCUGGCUGCUCAGCCCGCAUAUGUUUUGGCUUGUUUGGCUCCGUUGCUGCUCUCACUUCCGCGUUGUCUUGUCACCGUAAAGCAGGAAGCCAGGCAGUAAUAUACGGGAGUGAAUCUGCGGAUGUUUACCUCCAGGUGAUCCGCGGCUUCCAGACACUCUGUACCCGGAUACCAGGUGAAGCGGAGCGGCGGCGGCAGGAGAAGCUACAUGGAGGCUAACUGACCGGGCUCGGCUGGAACGGUCUGCGGUACUUUAGCUCCACAAUGCCCGCCGGAGUGUGCGGCUGCUGCGGGCCCCUGAGGCCCCGGUACAAGCGCCUGGUGGACAACAUCUUCCCCGAGGAUCCCAAGGACGGCCUCAGCAAGUCGGACAUGGAGAAGCUGACGUUCUACGCCGUGUCGGCGCCGGAGAAGCUGGACCGGAUCGGCGCGUACCUUGCUGACCGGCUGAGCAGAGACGUGGUGCGGCAUCGCUACGGGUACGUGGUGAUCGCCAUGGAGGCGCUGGACCAGCUGCUGAUGGCGUGCCACUCCCAGAGCAUCAAGCCCUUCGUGGAGAGUUUCCUGCACAUGGUGGCCAAGCUGCUGGAGUCCAGAGAACCGGACCUGCAGGUUCUGGGAACCAACUCGUUCGUGAAGUUCGCCAACAUCGAGGAGGACACGCCUUCCUACCAUCGCCGCUACGACUUCUUCGUCUCCCAGUUCAGCGCCAUGUGCCACUCGACCCACGAAGACCCGGAGACCAGAACCAGGAUCCGAGUCGCCGGGAUCAAAGGUCUGCAGGGAGUCGUGAGGAAAACUGUGAACGACGAGCUGCAGGCCAUCAUCUGGGAGCCUCAGCACAUGGACAAGCUGAUUCCCUCCAUGCUGUUCAACAUGCAGGACGCCGACGACCUGGACAGGGCGGGGCAUCCCAGCACGCCGUCCGGGUCGGGUCAGGAUGGCGAGGAGAACCCGGCGGCUCUGGCUGAGAACUGCUUCAGGGAGCUGCUGGGCCGAGCCGCCUACGGAAACAUGAAGAACGCCGUCCGGCCCGUGUUGGUUCACCUGGACAACCAUCACCUGUGGGACCCGAAUGAGUUCGCCGUGUCCUGCUUCAGAAUCAUCAUGUUCUCCAUCCAGGCUCAGCACUCGCACCACGUGAUCCAGCAGGUUCUGACCCACCUGGACGGGAACAACAAGAGCACUCCGCGGGUCAGAGCCGGCAUCGUCCAGGUUCUGCUGGAGACGGUGGCCAUCGCUGCUAAAGGAUCUGUGGGAAUGAUCCCAGAGUGCAAAGGGAGCGACGUGUUCACCUUUGAAAGCGAAAGCCCGACUCCUCACAAUCUGUGGCUCGGUCCGACGGUCCUGGAGGUCUUCAACACGCUGCUCAAGCACCUGCGGAUGAGCGUGGACUUCGAGCUGGGCGACAGCUCCAGGAGAAACUCCAGCAGCAGCGCGUCGUCGGUGCGCGGCCGCGAGAGCGACGAGCGCAUCGUGCAGAACGCCAUCAUCCAGACCAUCGGCUUCUUUGGUGGAAACCUGCCAGAUUACCAGCGAGCCGAAGUCAUGAUGUUCAUCAUGGGGAAGGUGCCGGUGUACGGGACGCCGUGCCACACCUUGGACACGGUGAAGAUCGGGCAUCAGGGAACCAAGAGGAUCCAGACGAUGCUGCUCAGCUCCCUCAUCAUGGUGACCUCCGGGUUCAAGUCCAAGUCCAUGUCGUCGGCGCUGCCGCCUCCCUUCCUGGACCCGCUCUUCUCCAUCUCGCUGAUGGAGGACAGCGAGUUGAGGCAGCUGGUCCUCGAGAUCCUCCACAACAUCAUCGAUCGCCAUGACAACCGCGCCAAGCUGCGCGGCAUCAGGAUCAUCCCCAACGUCGCAGCUCUGAAGAUUAAAAGGGAGAAAAUAUCCAAGCAAGAUGUUGCAUUCAUGAAAAAGCACGGCCAGCAGCUCUACCGCCACGUCUACCUGGGCUGCAAAGAGGAAGACAACGUCCACAAGAACUUCGAGCUGCUCUUCACCACGCUGGCCGUCCUGACCAUCGAGCUGGCCAACGAGGAAGUGGUCAUCGACCUGAUCCGCCUCUCCGUCGCUCUGCAGGAAAUGGCCCUGAACAACGAGGAGAACAUGCCGAUGUCCAUCCGCUGCGGCAUCAUGGCGCUGGUGGCGGCGUACCUCAACUUCCUGAGUCAGAUGAUCGCCAACCCGCCGUUCUGUCAACACGUCAGCAAGGUAAUCGAGCUGAGAAACAUGGACGCUCCGUACCUCCUGCCUGAACACAUCUUCAGAGACAAGUGUCCUCUCCCUCAGUCUUUGGACAAAGACGACAGGCAGCUGUAUUUCCAGACGGCGGACAUGGCCGAGUGCCUGGCAGGCCCAGGAUACAACGUGGAGAGGUUGUCCAUCCCUUACAUUCCCCAGGUCACAGUUCUUUACACCGUAGGAAAAAUCAUCCACAGGUGCAAGCAGACGUCCAGAGACCGUCUGACCCGCAGGAAGAGUUUUGUGGACACCAUCUCCCUCCAGGUGGACAUCAUGUCCAGCAGCCUGCCAGAUAAGCAGUCGGAGCUGGCUGAGGAGAUCACGUUUGAGACCCUGAAGAAGGCCAUCGGUGAGAUCAUCCACCGUAUCAAAAGCCUCUAUACGACAGGCUUGGAGGAGCAGGAGAGGGAGAAGAGGCGUCAGGUGAUGGAGAAGUUCCAGAAAGCUCCGUUUGAGGAGAUCGCUGCUCACUGCGAGUCCAAGGCCAACAUGCUCCACGACCGCCUGGCCCAGAUCUUUGAGCUCACCAUCCGGCCGCCGCCCAGCCCGUCCGGCGUGGUUUCCAUCUCAGCGGGUCACACCCAGCAUCCGUCCGUUCCCGUCUACGAGAUGAAGUUCCCGGACCUGUGUGUCUACUGAACGACUAAAAACACCAACACAGGCAACCUCCGCUUUUCCUCCAAUCAGCGCGCUGCGAGGCGGCAGGGAGCCAAUCAGAGACUCGGACCUGCUGACCCGGCUGCACCUCGUUUCUCUGAUUCGCGUCCCUGAACCCAAACGGUGGAACAGAACAAAACCAGAACAACGCAAACCGCUUUACGCUUCGUGUUGAUGUCGAUGCUUCACGCCGUGUGGAAAAACUAAACGAUCCUGUUGGAUUAAAACCACCUGCAGGUUCAACAGCUUCUGAGCAGAGAAUCCAGUAGAACAGCUGAUGGAUCGGCCCGAUAUUUACCCAUAAAACACGAAUCGGUUCAGUUCAAACGGCUCACGGUUGGUGAAACGGAUCCAGUUUUUAUUCCUGAAGCUUUUUAAGGAUUUGAAGAUUUACAAAAUCACAACUUUUACAAAAUGAUUCUUGGAUUAAAAUUCUCAGUAUUUGUUCAAUCUAGGAAGUCGGUGAAACGGGAUUUUGUCUGUCAGAUUUUCCAGGAAUAACUUAGAAAUAAACUCAGUUAGUUUUUACUUAUAGAGAAGAAAAUGAUAAAAAUGAUCAGUUUCCAAAUAUUUCAGAACCAGAUGAUUAAUUUUCAAAAUAACACAUUUUUCCAGAAUCAUAAGGUCCAAAAAUAAAUCUUUGUUUACAGAUUAUAAUGAAUUUUGUGAUGUUAAAUUAAUGUAAUUCAACAAGUUUUCUUGUUUAAAUCUUAAUUUUUUCUGCCCUCUGUGUUCAUAGACUAAAUGAUUUUUUCUUAAUCACAGCCACUAGAACUGUUGGUGUAAAAUUCAUUCAUGUUUAGGUUCUUAAGGAUAAAGUCAAACUUGACAUAUUUUACUUUGUCUUGUGAAUCAUGAUGAAAUAUUUUAGGUCUGAUGGAAGAAAUAUUUCUUCAGAGUUUAAUGUUUGACCAAAAUAAACAGAAAAGCUUCAACAUUCAUGCAUUAUUAAGCAGAAUUAUAAAGAAUUACAAUUUUUACGAACCUUGAAAUAAAAGUCCAAUAUGGCUGCCACAUAUUUAACAAAGUGGAAACAACCGCAGUCAUAAUUAAUUAGUUUGCACUUCUGUUUUCAACCCGUUUACUUUCGUCUCGCUCCAACAGAAACACCAACAUGGUGCAGUUCAGCACAUGAACAACAGGGGGCAGUGCAUCACAAUGUACGGACUUGAAGCGCUAGCUUGUUUGGCUACUGCCUGACCAGCUAACUGGCUAAAGAGGCGACACUUUCCCACCAUGACGUUGUAUUUAUGGUGGUUUUAGGAAGGCUGCCCUUCUACCAGAGUUCGCUUCCAGCUGGGAUUAAAGCCGCGGGAUUAGCUCCAGAUUAUGAGGUGUGUGAGCGGCUUCGUGAGCCUCAUCAACCCUUUAAAUCAAAGCUGCAUCGAUAUUCCUGGAGUUUCUUAAAGCAGGUUUAAAAAGCUGUAAAAUCUUAGAGGUUGUUGUCAUGGCUACUGAACCCAAAGGUGUAAAGUUKGCAGUAGYGGGUCGGUUCUGAGUGUGGAGGUUCCUGGUUCUGGUCGGGCUGCAGCUGGUUUUGUAAUCCUCUGGUCUGACGUCCUGCUGCUGCUGAUCAGGACUCCAGGCUGAAGGUCAGACAUGAGCAAACGAUCCGGGCACAUCGAGCUGGAUCUGAUCCGAAUCGUUUCCCGGUGGUUCUGUUGUACGUUGAGCUCGUCGUGCUUCCUGAAAAGUGACUUUUGAUGGUUUUUAUUCACCAACCUGAGCCUGUUAAAGCUGAACUGUAGAUUGGUUUCAUUACUUUAACUAGACCAAAACCAGCAGAACAUCUAUUARGACGCGUUCAGAAAGAACCGCUGACUGUCGCUGAGUUCGGGUCCAAAAGAUGGAAACGGAUCAACAUGGGAGCUCCUGAAGGUGCAAUACCAACUGUGACCACCAGGAGUCGGUUUCAGACUGAAGCCUUAUGUGCUAAAGCUAAAGCUAACGGCAGCAAAUGGMGCCGCUCUUCCCCAGAACUCACAGGUCAAGAUAAUGGAAAAUAAAAGUUAAUCCUGCAAAACUUUSAGCUCCGUUUCUCUGUUCCUGAAUUAAAUC